AUGGCCUCACCACAAACACAAACUCACCACAGCCCAUCUCCCACCUCACCCACUUCUCCAACCUCUCCUAUGGGUCUCUCUCACGAUGAUCCCUUCGCCGCCCAACGCAAAGACCCCAUGAACAACAACCCAUUCGCUUCCAAAACCCAAGGCACAAGUCCCAUGAACAUCCCCACGCCCAGCUCUCCAAACGCAACAAACACACAUUCCGGAUCACCAAAUCAAGAUCGAAGAUUAAGUUCUGAUGAAUGGGACGCUUCAAAAACACCCCCUUCUCGUUUCCAAAAACGGAAAGGUUCAAUCUACGCAACACCAAGUUCUCGCGAUGGUCAUGUGGAUAAGCAUAUUGAUCGUGAUGCCGUUUUUCAUGCAACACACGCGGAGAAAGGAUACAUGGGAAUCUUCGGUCUUGGUGGGAGUCGCAACAAGGAGGGAGGAUAUCAGGGUGGAAGGAGAGCUAGCAAAAGCGAGUGA